AUGAUUGAUCAAGUUUGUGCCUCGCUUGAAAACACAUUUCGUCCGGACCCAGCACUCAGUUCCGGUUUGUUCAAUCCGUCGGAGAGCGGGGAGACAGCGAAUGCUCACGAACUAUCGCAAAUCAUUGACCCUGUGGUCAAUGACACAUCGCUCCGACCUGCAGAUACGUCCUCCGUGACGUCCGAUACGCAUCAAGCGUGCUCCAAUGAAUGUACAUCCCUGCCCACUGGUGAUUUGGACGUGGAGCGAAAUGUGGAUGUUCCUCGAAAGAUUCCCGCUCGAACCCGAGCCAAGCUAGCUUGGAUUCAAAUGCAACCUCAUCGCUCCUUACCCGCCCGAUUCUCAUGUGCAGCACGACACUCGGAUGAUGAUGAUGACGAGACUAUUCAGGUUCGUUUUCCCAUCCGUAAGCAGUCUUUUUUAUGA